GCUGGAUGGAUAAACGCUACUCUACUCAACACAUUUCCGACAUGGACGUCAGAUUAUUGUGACGAGCUGGCCUCACUCUCGAGACUUUUGUUCUCGACUUCGCUUUUAAUUGUCAAAAUGUCUGUCGCUGGUGUACGCAACAGUCGCGUCGCAACAGCCACUUGAUUAAAGCUCUGCUAGUUAGCACUUGUUCGGCUGUUUAGCUCAAGAAGCUAACAAAGCUAGCACGUCAAUGUCACAUGCUACGUAUGUAGCGUCCUUCAAUACUCCACCGGCCGGCCAUCAUUCCGGCCCUGCUGUUUGAUGGAAGGGUGAGGGGGAAACGAUGCGAACAUUCCUCUACAUUCUGCUAACGGGUUUGUUAGGUGUUCUGCAGGACAGAGUCACUGCCAUUGAUAAUGUCAGACUUGUGGAUGGGGAGAGCAAAUGUUCUGGCCGUGUCGAGGUUCUCCGACAUAACCACUGGGGGACAGUUUGCGACCACGGUUGGGACCUCCGCGAGGCUGACGUGGUGUGCCUGGAGCUGGCCUGUGGCUUGGCAGAGUCGGCCCUCCACGGGGCGGCUUUCGGUAUGGGCAGAGGACAGAUCUGGCUGCGGCACGUUCAGUGCACGGGACACGAGUCUAGUCUGACCCGCUGUGCCGUCGUCCUCCAUAGUCACCCCCACUGCACCCAUGAAAAUGAUGCAGGCGUGAAAUGCUCAGGUACCCUUUUCAUGCCUAUCCUCUCCCUUUUGUCACCCCACACCGUGUUCUCUUCCGGGGAAGCGGUUCGGUUCAGUUGCAGCGUCCUGCCGGGUCACCACGUCAGAGACUUCCACCUUUACAAACAUGGCGUGACCACGCCCGUGGUGACGCAGAAGGCGGAAAUGAGUCAGUCACGGGUGGAGAUGGCUCUGCCUAACAUUGAGACUUUCCAACAGGGCAGCUACAGUUGUCGCUACAGGGUCAGCGGCAGCUCGCCUUCUCAGCUGCUCAGCUCUCCACCAAGCAACUCUGUCAACAUCACCGUGGUGGAACUCCUGACCCCUCAGCACUGGUACAACACAUCUUCCGAGGUCCCGGCUGGAUCCGUCAUUAAGGGCCACAGUUUUAACAUCACAUGCUUCACGCCGCAGCCGUACCCCGGAGGCUCCUUUCAGCUGCGACUCAUCCGCCCCAAUGGCACAGUGCGCCAGUCUCUGCCAGCCCUCAGCCCGUCCGUCACUUUCACCUUUGCUAGUGCCCAGAGCUCAAAUGAGGGCUACUACUACUGCCUGUAUCGGGUCCAGCUGGGAGGACGCACCUUUGUCUCCAGAGAAAGCCAGGCCCUGCCCAUAUCUAUACGAGACCCCGAUCCAGUUCUGAGUCCAGUAAUGAUCAGCUGGCUUGUGUCUGGCCUGACAUUUGUUGUUGCCGUCAUCAUAAUUAUCGUUGUGGCCAAAAUGCUGUGCAACAAGGAGAGGAAACCCUCUGAACUGGAGCGAGAGACCAGAUCUUGUGUGGAAAACACUUAUGUUGCCUUAUCGAUUAACAAGCUAUGAUGGUGUAUGCAGCCAGGCAUAACGGCUCAAGGGAGAGAGGUGCGGCUGUGUCUACAAUGGCUUCAUGGGGCACCACAAAACCAGUUGGCUUGGUCAGCGAUCCCUGCUACGCCCACCUCAGUCUGCAUGGAACAAGGUUUCUCCUUUUAAAUUUCAUCGUUUGGUACCUUUCCGUACCUUCGCUGUAUCUGCUAGCAAGUUAAACCACUUGGGCCUUGAUCUUUGAAGGAGAUAUAUGAUGGAAAAUACGGAUGGAUGGGCUUAACUUUUAUAUAAGUAUUUAAUAGCUGGCUAUGUGAUAUGACUUUCCUCUUUACCCAUCAAUUGUGAAAUUAAACAACCAGGCAAUUAUUUUGUAGGUUGACUGUUAUAAUAAUUAUUGUUUUAUUAUUAAUUUUUUAAAAGUGUCCUUGAGCAGGCAGUUCAAAAUUCUACCCCAUGGUGAGGUCACAGUUUGGCUAAUUCAUAUAUUUAAUGUAGUUUAAUAACAUAUUUUAUUUGCAUGACAACAGCCCACUCUGUCCCUCAACUUUGAAAAAAGUUACCACACAGUACUUUUCUACAUACUUAAAUUAGGCUUUGGCUAGAAUCAGAUUCCGACGGUACCACAACAUUGAGCAUACCUAUCGCAGUAUUGCAAGAAAGAAAAUAGAGACUAGAAUCCAGACCUUCAAUCCCACGGUAUACAUUUUUGUCUUUUACGAUUUUUCAUGUGGGAGUGUGAGGAAAUGGCUGGCAUUGAACUACCAAGAAUGACUAAGGUAAAAUAAAUAUAUAAAUCCAAUCAAAAUACACGCUCUAUCGUAAGAAAGCGAAACCCGUCGCUCAAUAAUUAAAAACAAAGUGUUGAAUUUGUCUUCUUGAUCAAGUGAAUGUGGUGUGGGCUGUACUCCUUAACCUUUCAACCUUUGUGUAUUUUGUCCAAAGACACCCCUGGUGGGGAUUUAGUGACACACCGGAGCAAGUGAUCAGUUCAUAGCCACAAAAUUAGGACUUUGGGAUUUCUUGGUUAUUCUUUCUUUAUUGUCACGUUUGGAUUAAUGUGACAUUCUCAAGGUUUGUUCAAAUAUAUAGUGGUUGCAGGUGGGGGUCAGGGGUGGUUAAAGUUCAAUCAUUUACAUAAGAACUUUCCGAAUAUGUCAGUAAAAUAGCAAACAGGGUUUCAUUUGACUUUAAUUUAGACCUGCUGGACACAGAAGUUGUCUGUUUUUUAACUUGCUUCUCUUAUAUACUGUAUUCAUGCAAGCCUUGCACGUUACACCGUGCACCCAAGGUGACUGAAAUAGAGCCGUUGCGUUCAAAGUCGGUGUUUACGCUCAAUUCCGUAUUAAUGCUCGUGUAUUUACAGUUGUUUCUCGCUCAAGGAGCAAAAUGUGACUAACUCUUGUUUUAAUAUUUUUUUUUAAUUAAAAGAUUUGUACUAAGGAAGAACUCCACUAAUUUAUUGAAUAUGUUGUUCUCCAGCAAUGGUUUAUGUCAGGGGUGUCAAACUCGUUUUUUGUCGCGGGCCACUCUUUGGGCUUCUCUCGGAGGGCUUGUAGAAAAUGUCAUUAUUUAUUACCCAUGACAAUUUGACAUUUCGGUACAGAUUCCAGCCAGAAUCAUGAUAGUUGACACACAUGAUUUUCUCCUGCAGGCCACAUAAAACGAUGUGGGGGGGGCGUAACUGGCCCACGGGCCUUGACUUGGACACACGUGGUUUAUGUAAAGCGGGGGUGUGAAACUCAUUUUUGUCACGGGCCACUUUGGAGUUAACGUCUUACCUCGGAGGACCGUUAUGAAAGUGAAACCAAAUGAAUGUUCAAUUGUGACAAACUGAGUAAGAGUUUGUUCAAUUAUUGUUCACAGUGUGUACACAGGGCAACAAAAUUAUUGCAAAAGCGUUAUUUAUCAUACAUGACAACCUGACAUUUUGGUAUGGAUUCUACUUAGCAAGGAUCACGGAAGUUGACACAUGAUUUGCUUUUGCGGGCCACAAAAUGACGUGGCGGGCCGGAUCUGCCUUGAGUUUGACACUUGAGAUGUCAAGAAUGAUUUUGUAUUUUGAAUCCAACCCAGCUUUGCAUUGUAUGUCAUUUAUGUACGUUGCUGCAUUUCAACGUGUAAACGUCACAGUCGAUUAAAAUGUUAUUGUUGACUGGAUUAC